AUGUCUGCUACUUCUUCAAGUGGUGACGUAAAUAAAGUUCUAGUUUUACCAAAGCCAACGACUAAUGCAUCACCACCACCAGCAUCGAGUGGGUUUAACGCAAGGACCCUGUGGCCAGAUCUGAUAGAAACUCCAGAAAACCGGUGGGUUUUUGAGUGCAAAGAUAUUAUCGAAAAGAUAGGGACUAAUGAACCGAUAGCAUUGGAAAUGAAGAAAAAUAUGGAAAAAUGUUUGAUGUAUUUCUACACACUUAAGAAAAAACUGAACCUCUUUGAUCACACUUACACAGCAUCGUGCAUUCUCUUCUAUAGAUAUUGGUUUGUAUAUGGAAUACCAACGACGAUAACCGAAUGUAUACAUAUAUCACAGGGGAUUCUGGUGACUGCAUGCAAAACGAUGGAGAAUAAUAGGCCCAUAGAGGCCUAUGUUAAGGCUACCUGUGAUUUUUUAAUGCAAAGUGUACCGUCUUUGAAAAGUCGAACAAAUAUCGAUAAACUGAAAUGGGAAUUCAGAGAUAAGUUAGUGACAAAUGAAAAAAAAAUCUUGUGUUUAUUUGGAUUCGAUUUAAAUAUUGGUAAUCCAAAGGAGUUAAUUGAAGAAGUAUUCAGCGGCUAUUAUAGAUUCAACAGGGAUCACAAUUUGCCAGAAAAUUUCAAGAAAGCUUUUCCAAAAAUUCUACAAGAAUCAAGAAAUUUUAUGGUGCAAGCUGUCACCCAACCCGUUUCUUUAUUGUGUGACGGUUUCACUUUCAUCGCUUUAUCUCUCAUAUAUUGUGGUUUAGAGUAUAAAAAACUUGUCGACAAAGAUUUCAGAUAUCCAAAAAACUUUUUUAAGGAUAGAUUUCCUAUUGAAGUCACGCCGGAUAAUUUCGCUAAUAUCUUCACCGAUUAUAAGUUACUGGAGGAGAAUUUUUUCAAUUUGAAAAGUAAUAAGGGUGCCAAGUUACAAAUUGAUGCAAGGAUGAUCCAUUCUGUGAUUGAUGAAAGUAUAAAUGUGGAAAAUGAGACUUCAGAACUCUCUGAUCCAUUCAACUACGACUUGAUCAAAUCUGGUGAGGUGAAAGAAGAGUUUUUAAACCAUAUUGAAACUAGGGUUGCAGAUUUAUUAGAGAAGACUAAACAGGAAAGUACGAAGAGAAAGGCUAAAGACCCUGUAAGAGUCCCAGAUGCUAAAAAACCCAAAAUAUAA